ACAGCAUUAAAACACAGCAAGCCAUUGCCACCCGUAUUCCAUUAUCCAAGCUUGGCGCAUCAACAACGAAGCCACGAAAAUGACCAACGAUAGUAAUUGCGCCCUUUGUUUAACAACGGAAUCGAAAUGGUUUUUAAGUGUGUUCAGUGCGGCGAACAAAAAUCUCAACAUGGCAACGAUCGUACAGAAACACCUGUGGUUUGAUCUAAAACCCUCCGACAAACCGUACAUCUGCAUCGACUGCUGGACCACUGUGAACGAGUUCCAUCUGUACCACACAAAGCUGGAAACCAUUCACAGCGAAGCCUUUGACGACGACACGGUCCUGGACGAUCAUAUGACGCAGCUGAAGGACAUUGAAUUCCUGGAGGAAGAUGCCGAGGAGCUUCGCGAGCAGAUAGCACAAACAUCCACCAUGCCCACCAGCACAGAGCGCACCAACGCUAAACGAUACGAAAUCCGCGCCAAAUACGACGAGAGCGAAGGUGGUGAAAAUGUGAUGGAUUGGGACGAUUACAGGGUGGUGGAAAUUGUGGUUGAGGAUGGUGAAGAGCGAGAAGCGGAUGCCACCACCUACGACACGUACGACGAAGAUCAAAGCGACGGCGAAGCGCACGGAUCAGACCGGCGCAGCAGCAGGCCAGUGAUCCUGAACGGUAAGGCGCAAUCUAGCGGUACGGCGGAAAGUUCAACCAUCGCGCUCGAUGCCCUGUUGCCGCCGGAACAGCCGGUCAAGCGUGGUAGAGGUCGUCCUCCGAAGCGAAAACCAGAGCAGGAAGCGGCGGCUAUGAAAUCGGCUAGCGAGAUAAAGAAAGAAUCCCGCCUAAACGAUUCCGGAACGUCCGUAGACUCAACAAGUGGUGGUGGUGGUGGUGGUACGCCGGCAACGGACGUGCCCGUCAAGCGCCGCCGGGGUCGUCCGCCGAAAAAUCCAAAGCCACAGGAAGCCGAUUCAAACGAGUACACGCCGCGUGCGGUCAAGAGGGAGAUAAAACCCGAACCGGAAGAAUUGGACAGCAGCUCGGCCAGACCGGAACGAAGAUCGACCCGCAAGCGCAAGGUGAAGCAGUACAGCGAUAUGGAGCAGGUAAGCGACGAAGAGAGCGAACAGGACGAGAUGGAGUACAUGCUCGGGGAAGGAGAUCCGGACUACGAAGCGCGGCUGGAGCUGCAGAAGCAACUGAACAUGGACGACUAUUCCUUCUACGAGUAUCAGUGCAGCCUGGAGUCGGAGCAGUAUGCGCGCGACACGAAGAUAUUCCAGUACGUGGACGAGUUUGCCUGCUACUACUGUCCGGAGAAGGUCACGUUCAAGCGCUUUGCCGAUGCGCACAUGCACUACCGGGUGGAGCACAACCAGCCACCGUUUCUAAAGUGCCCCAAGUGCGACAAAAAGUGCCACACGCCGGGCAUGUUCGUUAGCCACAUGGAAACGCACGACGAUCCGGAAAGGAACAAGUGUGAGAUCUGCGGCAAGCUGAACGAUUGUAACAUUUCGCUCAAGAAGCACAUGCGCGUGCAUCAGAGCGUGCUGGAGGAGAAUCUACCGUACCCGUGCAGUCUGUGCAAGCGAAAGUUCGAGACGGAGGAUCUGCGGGCCAAGCACGAGAAGCUGCACGUACCGAAGCCUUACGUGCCGAAGGAAAAGGGACCCGACCAGGAGGUGUUGGAGUUUUACAAGUGCAUCGUGUGCGACAUAUGCGAGGAAGAGUCGCCCGACUCGACGUCGUUCGAUAAUCUGACCGAUCUGCGGGCGCACAUGGUGAAGGAACACAACAAGGGCAUGUACGUGCGGUGUCCGGUGUGCUCGACGCGACAGGUCAACCGCCAGCAGGUCAUCACGCACAUCGAUAUGCACAACAAUCCGGACAAGUAUCGGUGCGAAGUUUGUAAGGAGGUGCAUCAGAAUCUGCACCAUCAUAUGAUAAAGGCACACACACCGCAUACCGCACUGCCUUCGGACAAGAAGCACAAGUGUGACCAGUGCGGUAGGACGUUCAACUUUAUUGCAAACUUGAAAAUGCACAUUGACUGUGUCCACGGGCUGAAGGACGUGCGCUGUAACAUCUGCGACAAGUACUUCAACUAUAAAGCCUACCGUGUGCACAAACGGACCGCCCACACCGACCUGAUGCUGAUGUGCGAGCACUGCCCGCGCAUGUUCAAGAAUCGGAAAUCGUUCGAAGCGCACAAAGUUUCGCACGACAGCUCGCUGCUGCGGAUGACGCAGUGCGUACUGUGCGGCAAACAGAUCCGCACCUGCAGCAUGUCGAAGCACAUGAAAACGAUCCACUCGGAGGACGAUCCGGUGAACUGCGAUCUGUGCGGCAAGAUGUUCCGCACCCCGUUCCACAUGAAGCGGCACCAGAAAAACACCUGCGAGGUGACGAUGGACUCGCGGUCGUUCAAGUGCGAGGUUUGCGGCAAGGGUUUCUCCACCAAGCUGACCAUGGUGGAGCACAUGACGACGCACACGCGCACCAACCAGUAUCAGUGCGCGUUUUGCUUCAAAUCGUUCGGCUACAUUUCGAAUCUGUACAAGCACCGGAAGAAGGCGCAUCCGCUCGAAUGGCAGGAGGUACAGGCACACCCGGAAGAAAACAUUCCGUCGGUCAUUGUGGUAAGGAACUGAGUGCUGCUGCCGUUCGCAUAACCGUUUUCGUAUCGUUUAUUUCGAAAUAAGACGUUGGUGGGUCUUGUGUAGCAGAUCAAUUUUAAAUAUACGUUAGCACCUGGCA